AUGUCUGAAUCUUCAACUGCUGGAAAGCCAAUUGAAUGCAAGGCUGCUGUUUGUUGGGCUCCAAAUCAACCACUCUCAUUAGAAACUGUUACCGUUGCUCCACCAAAGAAGGGUGAAGUUAGAGUAAAAUUGUUGUGUACUGCUUUGUGCCACACUGAUGUUUACACUUGGUCUGGAAGUGAUCCAGAAGGUAUUUUCCCAACAAUUUUGGGACAUGAAGGUGUUGGUGUUGUUGAAAGCGUCGGAGAGGGUGUUGAGAGUGUUAAAGUUGGCGAUACAGUCAUUCCAUGCUACACCCCACAAUGUAAAGAAUGCAAGUGGUGCAAGAGUCCAAAGACCAAUUUGUGCCAAAAGAUUAGAGCUACUCAAGGAAGGGGUUUGAUGCCUGAUGAAACUUCAAGAUUCACUUGCAAGGGACAAACUGUGUAUCACUUUAUGGGUACUUCAACUUUCUCUGAGUACACUGUCCUUCCUGAAAUUGCUUGUGCCAAGAUUAAUCCAAAUGCUCCAAAAGCAGGUGCUUGCUUGUUUGGAUGUGGCUUGACCACUGGUUUGGGCGCAGCCUUGAACACUGCCAAAGUGGAACCUGGAUCAAAUUGUGUUGUUUUUGGGUUGGGCGCAGUUGGUCUUGCUACCAUUCUUGGCUGUAAGAAGGCUGGUGCUGCCAAGAUUGUUGGUAUUGACAUUAAUGAUGCAAAAUUUGAGGUUGCCAAGAAGUUUGGUGCCACUGAUUUCAUUAACCCAAAUAAGGUUGAUGAUGUUGUGAAGGCCAUUGUUGACUUGACUGACGGAGGUGCUGACUUUUCUUUCGAAUGUGUUGGUAACGUCAAACUCAUGAGACAAGCCUUAGAAUGUUGCCACAAAGGUUGGGGAGUUAGUACCAUUAUUGGAGUUGCUGCUGCUGGUCAAGAGAUUUCUACUCGUCCAUUCCAAUUGGUGACUGGUAGAGUUUGGAAAGGUACAGCAUUCGGUGGAUAUAAAUCAAGAGACUCUGUGCCUCAACUCGUCGAAGAUUACAUGAAGGGUGAAAUCGAUGCUGAUGCUUUCAUCACUCAUCACUUUGACUUUGAAGAUAUUAAUCAAUCAUUUGAGGCUCUUAAGUCUGGAAAUUGUUUGAGAGCAGUCAUGUACUAUGACAAGACGAUCAAGCCAAAACAAUAA